GGUCGCGUGGGGGAAGGGCCGCGGGCUGCAGGGGCGGGCGUGCUCCGGGAACAUGGCGGAGGCGGGUCUCGCCCAGAUCCCCGAUGUGGACAUCGACUCCGACGGCGUCUUCAAGUACGUGCUGAUUCGAGUCCAUGCGGCGCCGCCCUCCGGGGCCCCGGCCGGGGAGAGCAAAGAGAUCGUGCGAGGCUACAAGUGGGCCGAGUACCACGCCGACAUCUUCGACAAGGUAUCGGGCGAGAUGCAGAAGAAGGGCUAUGGCUGCGAGUGCUUGGGAGGCGGGCGCAUCUCCCACCACAGCCAGGACAAGAAGAUCCACGUGUACGGCUACUCCAUGGGUUACGGUCGUGCCCAGCACUCCGUCUCCACCGAGAAGAUCAAAGCCAGGUACCCUGACUACGAGGUCACCUGGGCGGACGAUGGUUACUGAGACCCUCCUGAGCCCACUCAGAACUCUGCCCUCGAGGCCCCCUCCCAAGGAGCUGGGCUGCACUCCCUGGCACUGUGCCACCCUGGCUGGGCCUCAGAGACGGACAUCAGCCUGGCCCAGCGCCUGGGUUGACCUCACCCAUGGAAAUUAAAAGCGUUGUCACUCCU